UUGGGAGACGAGGAUUGAUUUGUUUCACCUUACUAGGAAGUGAGCGUGGUGUCCGGGAAGGGGAGGGACUCCGGGACCAGUCUGAGCCGCUCGUCUUAGUCCUACCAAACUGCGGCACCGCCGCGCGCUAACGCCAAAAAAAAAAAAAAACCCACAAACCCCGAUCCUGUCCGAGCUGCGCUCCAGCCAAACGGAGGUUUUCGGUUCGGUUCGGUCCAGCGUUGUUACCCAACGUUCUGUUUUUUUUAAAAAAAACAGAACAUUAGCGCAGGCUAAUGGCCGUCGGGGUUUUAUUACGCGCGUCAGGUUGAACUUUGCCACCGAUCGGAGCCAUGUCCUGCCCCCGGCUGCUGCUGCCGUUACUGACCCUGAGGAGAGUUCGGACAGCGGGCACCGGCACACUUUCCGGAGUUCACGCGGUGAGCAGCCGCUCCAUCAUAGACAUGUCCUACUCCGCGCACUUCAUGGAUUUCCAGGGAUCCUCCAUACCGAGCGGCAUGCAGAAGCUGGUCGUCACCCGGCUCAGCCCCAGCUUCCGGGAGGCCGUGUCCCUGCAGGCUGCCGCCGUCCCCACGCCCGGGGACGCGGAGCUGCUGGUCCGAAACCGAUUUGUUUCCAGCGCGUUACAAAGGCGAGAUGAAAACAGCCGCCUUCGUGUUGAGGCAAGAAGCAACUAUUUAAGAUUUUUAAAAGUGCAGUUUGCUCUGGGUGCCAUUCCAAAAGACGGCGAACGUUUUGUGGGAAUCAACGCCUCGGACAUUAAUUACUCGGCCGGCCGCUACGACCCCUCGGUGAGGCCUCCCUUCGACGCGGGUUUCGAGGGGAUCGGCGAGGUGGUGGGCCUGGGUCUGAGCGCCAGCGCCCGCCACGCGGUCGGGGACACGGUGGCCUACUUCGGCAGCGGGGCGUUUGCCGAGUACACCGUGGUGCCGGCAAAAGAAAGCGUGCCCGUCCCCUCGGUGCGGCCGGAGUUCCUCACCCUGCUGGUCAGCGGCGCCACGGCCUACAUCGCCCUGAAGCGCCUGGGCGACCUGGCCAAAGGGGAGACGGUCCUGGUCACGGCGGCCGCGGGGGGCACCGGGCAGUUCGCAGUGCAGUUCGCCAAACAGGCCGGCUGCCACGUCAUCGGGACCUGCUCCUCCGACGAAAAGGCCGGCUUCCUCAAGUCCAUCGGCUGCGACCGACCGGUCAACUACGCCAUGGAGGAUCUGGCCAAGACGCUGAGGAAAGAGUACCCCAAAGGCGUGGACGUGGUGUACGAGUCGGUUGGCGGCAGGGUCCUGGAGCUGGCCGUCAACAGCUUGGCCAACAAGGGCCGGCUGAUCGUGAUCGGCUUCAUCUCGGGAUACCAGACCCCAUCGGGGAUCCUGCCGUUCCAGGGCGGAACGCUUCCGGUCAAACUGCUCCAGAAGUCGGCCAGCAUGCGCGGCUUCUUCCUGCCUCACUUCCUGGCCGACUACAGGGAGGCCCUGGGCAGCAUGAUGCAGAUGUUGGCGGCGGGGAAGCUGGUGUGCGAGGUGGACUGUGGGGAGAUGGCGCCCGAGGGGAGGUUCGUAGGCCUGGAGUCGGUUUUCCGGGCCGUAGACUACAUGUACGCUGGGAAAAACCUUGGCAAAGUUGUAGUGGAAGUGAACCCACCAUCUGUUAGCGGCAGCAAGCUGUGAUUGUAACUGAUGCAGUAAAGGAAUCAUACCUAGCUUCAACUGAUAGACUAACCAAAUGAUCGAUUAAAGACAAAGAAAUGUAGGAAUCAAACUCAGAUUUUUGCCAUUAUAUUGCCAUUAUAUUUUUGAAACUGUAAUAAAGACUGAUUGACUGUUAACAUAACUGGAAACCGAGCAGCAAAGUCUGCAUGAGUAUUUGAAAAUGAUCUCAUAACCCCAAAUAGAAGCCCGACAUUUCAAAUAUAAACAUAUUUUCUUCACAAGCUCUGUUAAUAAUUUUUGCACACGCACAGUGUUGGAAGUCCGGCCCUUAAUGACUUUAAACCAGCUAGCACACUGUGUGUGCACCGUUAGCCCUCUCAAGCACUUUAUCUACCAUAAAUGUUUUAUGAUAGACUUCAUUGUUUUUCUAAUGGCCGCUUAUGUUGGUAUGAGCUUGUCAAAAGUGAGUGCGGCUCCAGGUGUGCUUGGCAUUUCAUUGCCUGUUUGUGGCUGACAGAAACAGCAUUUGCACAAUCAAUCUUUUCAUUCACAUGCCCCGAAGCUGCACGUAAUAAAAAAAAAAAUUAGUCCAGCUAACCAGGAGUUGGACUGCAAAAUAUCAUUAUUUUCUCCCACAGCGCCUUAAAAAAACAACAACAAAAACACCAAACACUUGUAGUGAAUGUUUUAGAAAAUGCCCUUUGACACAUUUCCCACUCUGCUUUUUUUUUCUUGGUUUAGUGGGGUUUUUUUGUCGAGCAAAGAGCAAAACCUUGCACCGUUACAUAUGUUUGUACGCAUAACAUUUGUAUAAAAUGACACGAUUGCCAAUUUCACAAAUAAUUUGUCAUAAAAGCAUUCUGGUCUGUUUGUUGUUUUUUUUAACCCGAGCAAAAUAUAGUCACUUUACUUCCCAAAAGGAAGAACUGAGGCAGUCUGUGGUGUGAUAAUGUAUUGUAUGUCAUCUAAAACAAACACCUGUUCCUGCCUGGCAGGGAGGGCCGUCGUCCUCAUGCACUGUGAACAUGUUAUUUCCUCAUCCAGGUGGCUACUCGAAAUAUAACCCAGUGUGAAAUAUGUUACAGGUGUGACCCCAGCAUGCAAAGCUGCUACCUUCAGCAGCCGGCGCAGGAAACCAGUAAAAAGCCCGGGCCGUUUUCAGUGGUUGGCGGAGGAAGGCUAAAGUGGAUGAGGAGGCGGUGGUCACUCGCAUAUGUGGGUGCUCUUGCGAGCCUCUCGUUUAGUGUAUCCGUUUGAAAUAAUCAUCUGACACCGUGUUUGCAGUUGACUCAGCCUGCUUAGUAUCGUUCCAUCAGCUUUUACUUAAUCGCUCUAUGUCCAGAAAUAAUAUGAACAAUUGAGUCUUGUCAGUAUUUGAAACAUCUUGCCACAUUCGUGAUAGAGAGCCUCUUAUCAGUGUAACCUUGCUUUCCUGUACAGAGCACUUUAGGCGGAAGGCAUCGUGUUGUGUUGUUUUGAAACUUGAAAAGAAAGCGAUUAUUGAAUAUUUAAGUGGAGCAGUGCCACAUUUUGCAGCCAGCGUCUAAGCUAAUUCUACAGUCCCUCCCCUGAGUGUUGCUUUGGUUUGUACUUGCCUUUGUUUGCUCUGGCACAGAUGUCAGUGUCAGAGUUCAGAGGGCGACGCGUGCUAAUGAUAUAAAGAGAAGCAAGACAACGUUGGCAUUUUAGAAAGAAGAAGAAAACUGCCUAACGCAGUCCAACGGCCUGGAGAUCGGGAAAGAAUACAGACUUGAGCUUCGUCUUUAGACUGUAGUGUGAGGCAGAAAAAAAGCCUUGGGUUUAAACUAACCACGACAACCACCUCUGAACCGCCACUGUUUGUUCAGGUGUUAGAAAGCAGAAGCAAGCUCAUACAUGCCGUCCGCACAAAAGGACGACAGAGGUGAUGAUGUGCGCGGAUGUUUGGAUGAAUUUGUGCCG